GUGUGCGCACCAAAAGUUGGACACGUAAAAAUUUCUUUUGCCGGCUGAAACAAUUUAGCUCCAGCAGGUGUGUUGAAAAACUACUGCGACUAAACCGUCAUAGUUAAGUAAGCAUAGGUUAAAGUAGAUUAAAACAAUAAACCAGUAUGAGUCAUCCAGCAGUACAACAUGCCGGAGGCGUUGCCGGAGCAGGAGCCGGGGCCGGAACAGGCAACUUCCCUGUGCAACCCUCAAAUCAAAGAUCUCCUGUAGCCAUUGCUAUUGCUAAUUAUUUAUUUCAAAAUCCUGUAUUAAAGCAAAGAAUUGGAUUAUUUGAUAAUGAAAGAGAUAUAGAAUUUUUCAGAUUUAAACGAUUGGUAAGGGCUUUGGUUUCAGAAGAUUAUAAAAAUAAACAAGCUAAUCCUAAAAAUGGGUUAGUACCAAUUACUAGUGAAGUUGAAGCUCAAAAAGUAUUAGUAUUACUUAUUCAAAAUCAAUUAAUUCUUCCUGUUAAAAAAUUACAUUAUGCUGAAGUAAAGGCUAAGAGAUGGAAACCUAAUAAAUCUAAACCUACAUUAAUUAGAUCAGAAAAGGCAUUUGUUGAUCCAGAUGCUUAUUAUGCUUGGCUUUAUUCUAAACCAAAUCCUUAUAUUAUAUUAUAUAGUAUUUUAGCAGUUAUUGUUGUAUUUGCCAUUAUAUUAUUCCCAUUAUGGCCUCCAUUUAUGAAAAGAGGUGUAUGGUAUUUAUCUAUGGCAGCUUUAGGAUUAAUUGGGUUAUUCUUUGCUAUAGCCAUUGUUAGAUUAAUUAUCUAUGUUAUAUCUUUAGUUGCCUUCCCUAAACCAUUCUGGUUAUUCCCUAACUUAUUUGAAGAUUGUGGAGUGAUUGAAAGUUUCCAACCGGUAUAUGCAUGGGAAGAGCCAAAGAAGUCUAAAAAGUCCAAAAAGUCAAAGUCAAAGUCAAAGGCUACUACCAGUAAUGAGAGUAAUGAAGCUUCAUCUAGUGGGGUUACCAGUGGAGCCCAAGUGAGUAAUGGAUCUGUUACUACUCAAAAACGUAAAGUUGUAUUGGAAGAAGUGCAAGAGUAGAGUAGAGUAGAGUAGAGUAUGAUAUAGUAUGGUAGAGUAUGAUAUAAUAUGGUAUAUACACGCAUUCUCUAACUCA